AUGUCGUUUGUCAGUAAAUUGGGUUUCGACAAAUUCUCGUACAAUGGACCACAUUUAUUACAUAAUUGUGGAAUAGAACAAUUUAUUCAAGUGAAAAUUACUGGUAAGUACCAUCAAACCUCAUAUUUAGUGCCCGGAAGGUAUCGAUCAGGGCAGCAUAAGAAUCCACUCCAGAAAUACAAAAAAUAUAUAAAUAAGCGCCGUCUCCAGGUGCUGAGUUUAUUUCCGUCAGUGAUGAACUGGCACAACUGGUUAAAGUUGCCUAAGGCCAAGCCAUCCGCCACCCCAUCCAUACUUCCACCACCCGUACACACUCCUCUAGGCGGCCGCCCCCGAGAUACUCCCUACUCUGAAGCGCUGUGGCCGUUCACGUGGUUGGCUUGGCCAUUCAUCUCAAUUUCCAUUUCGUCCUCAGUGCUACUCUCCUCCGUGGUUUCGUCCUCAGUACUAAAGUCUAAAUCCAUAUCGACCCCGCCCUGA